GGCGCGGAGCGCGACGGCGGCGGGAGUGGCGUCGAGUGUCUCCGGGCGCCCGUCUGUGACCAGGCAUCCAGCAGUGUAGCAGCCAGUCAGCUCGCUGCCCACUGCCAGGUAGCCAACCAUGCUCAACUUCGGCGCUUCUCUCCAGCAGGCUGCGGAGGAAAGAAUGGAAAUGAUUUCUGAAAGGUCUAAAGAGAAUAUGUAUUCCUGGAACAAAGCUGCAGAGAAAAGUGAUUUUGAAGCUGUAGAGGCACUUAUAUCAAUGAGCUGCAGUUGGAAGUCUGAUUUUAAAAAGUACAUUGAAAACAGACCCGUUACUCCAGUGUCUGAUAUGUCAGAGGAAGAGAAUCUGCUUCCAGGGACACCUGAUUUUCAUACAAUCCCUGCAUUUUGCUUGACUCCCCCGUACAGCCCCUCUGACUUUGAACCCUCUCAAGUGUCAAACCUGAUGGCAGCAGCGCCACCUACUGGACACUUCAAAUCAUUCUCAGAUAUUACCAAGCCUCACCUUGCUGCACCUUUCAAAGAGGAAGAAAAGAGCCCAGUAUCUGCUCCCAAACUCCCCAAGGCUCAGGCAACCAGUGUGAUACGCCAUACAGCUGAUGCCCAGCUGUGUAACCACCGGUCCUGCCCAGUGAACGCAGCCAGCACCAACUAUCAAGACAAUUCUUUUCGAAGAACACACCUAAAUGUUGAGGCUGCCAGAAAAAACAUACCAUGUGCUGCUGUGUCACCAAACAGAUCCAGUCGCGAGCAGAACACAGUGGCAGAUGUUGAGGAGAAAGCAGGGGCUGGACUUUAUGACUUUCCUGUGCCUUCCUCAGAGACAGUCAUCUGUCAGUCUCAGCCAGCCCCUGUGUCCCCACAGCAGAAGUCAGUGUUGGUCUCUCCACCUGCUGUGUCCCCAGGGAAAGUGCCACCCAUGCCCGUCAUCUGCCAGAUGGUUCCUCUUCCUGCUAACAACCCUGUUGUGACCACAGUUGUUCCCAGUACUCCACCCAGCCAGCCACCAGCCGUCUGCCCACCUGUUGUGUUCAUGGGCACUCAGGUGCCCAAAGGUGCUGUCAUGUUUGUCGUACCCCAGCCGGUCGUGCAGAGCCCAAAGCCUCCAGUGGUGAGCCCAAACGGCACCAGACUCUCUCCCAUUGCUCCCGCUCCUGGAUUUUCUCCCUCGGCAGCAAAAACCACUCCUCAGAUUGACUCAUCGAGGAUAAGAAGUCACAUCUGUAGCCACCCAGGGUGUGGGAAGACGUACUUUAAGAGUUCUCAUUUGAAGGCCCACAUGAGAACACAUACAGGAGAAAAGCCCUUCAGCUGUAGCUGGAAAGGUUGUGAAAGGAGGUUCGCCCGUUCUGAUGAACUGUCCAGACACCGGCGAACCCACACAGGUGAGAAGAAGUUUGCUUGUCCCAUGUGUGACCGGCGGUUCAUGAGGAGCGACCAUUUGACCAAGCACGCCCGGCGCCAUCUAUCGGCCAAGAAGCUACCAAACUGGCAAAUGGAAGUGAGCAAGUUAAACGAUAUCGCUCUACCCCCAGCUGCUGCUCCCACGCAGUGACAGAGCGGGGGAGAGUCAGAGCUAACUUUGGUUGCAGCCAGGAGCCAGCGGUGACGUGAACGUGCUUCCACUGCAAGUCUGUGGUCCUCCAGUGCGGGCUGAAAACAGAAGCCCCAGCCUGAGGUGAAGGCCCAGCCCGGGCUAAAUGACAAGAAGUGCUUCGGCCACAGGCAGGUCACAGAAUGGCAGGUUUCAUUUCUUAUCACAUAAGAGAGAUGAGAACACUUUUAUUCCUUUGAAUAUAUUUUGAAGGUUUCAGAUGAGGUCAACACAGGUAGCACCAAUUUUGAAUUUGUGUGCAUAUUUGUUACUUUACUUUUGCUGUUUAAACUUGAGACCAGCUUCCAAUGUGAUGCUUCUAAAACACUGGUUUCAAGAACGUGGAAACGAACAUUACGGUACAGAGAUGGAAAUGUAAAAAUCACUUUGUAUUAUGACAAAUAUUGUCACCUUUUCCUAGAGUUAUCUUGUUUACUCUUCCUCGUCUUUCCAGUCAGCUUGGUGGAAGUAGUUAAAUAGAUCUAGAACUAUCAUUUUCACACUAUUGUCGACACUUG